UUGGCCUAUACAUUGACUGGAGCUAAGAGCCCCGAAGUCGUGCGAAGUGGGGGAAAUUUGGUAUCUCCAACGCCCUGACGCAGGAUGUGUGUCUGCGAACCCCGUGGAGGUUUACCCCGGCCAUGUUAAACUUUUCACCCCAGCGAGAGGAGGUAUAAAGGGUGCCACCUGAGCCCCGAUCAUUGCUGCUAAUCAUUUCUGGCCUGUAUAUCUCUUGGCUCUACUGUCGAGCUCUCUUGGUCCCAGGCCUCCCGACUCUACAGUACAUUCUGGUCUUGCCGAACAUGGCAGGCCUUCAACUCAACAUCGACUGGAAGUCGAAUCGACGGGCCAUCGCCUUCUGUCUGGUGGCUGCCAUUGGGGCCCUUUGCUAUGGAUAUGAUACAAUCUACUAUACCGGUGUUCAGGGUAUGACAUGGUUCGCUAAGGACUACGGAGAGGAAGGCUCAGAUGGCUCCUUCUCGCUUGGAACAACGUUCCUGUCCUUGUCUGCUAGUAUCAUCUAUGUGGGAGAACUCGCCGGUGCACUUGCCGCCGCCCCCAUCAAUGACUUUUUCGGUCGCCGUGCCGUGUUCCUAUCUGCCUCGAUCUGUAUCGUUGUCGGAGCCGUCGUCCAAGCCUGCUCAUUUGGCUCGCACCCGGUCUUCUACGUCAGCCGUGUCCUGAUCGGUCUCGGUGUCGGGCAGUUCACUGCCACCUGCCUAAUCUACAUCGGAGAGGUGGCACCAUCCGCUAUCAGAGGCCCAGCUCUCAUGUCUUUUCAAUUCAUGCAGUCCAUCUCUCAACUAGUCGGAGCCUGCGUCAACCAAGGCACACAAGGCAUCCAAAGCUCCCAGUCCUACCGCAUCCCCAUGUGCCUCCUCGUCGUGCUCCCCGGCAUCAUGCUCCUUUGCCUCCCAUUCACCCCGGAAAGCCCAGUCUGGUACAUGUCCAAGGGCAAGCGUGAGCAAGCGAUCAAGUCCCUCCACAAGAUUAACCGCAGCAUGCCGGACUACGACCCGUCCGCGGAUAUCCAAGCCAUCGAGGACGCAGUCCAACAAGAACAGGAAAUGGCCAAGGACGCCACCUGGGCCUCCCUCAUUACCGAUCCUGUCGAGCGCCGCAAGCUGUUCUACGCCUGUGGUGUCAUGUUCGUCCAACAAAUCAAUGGUAUCCAGUUUUGGUACACCUACGGCGUCGUCUUCGCACAGUCUAUCGGUGUGGCGGACCCCUUCACUAUCAACACAAUCAUUUACGUCCUGCAGAUCAUCACGGUCGGUGUCUCCGUCGUCCUUGGGAACCGGAUCAAGCGUCGUACGAACCUCCUCGUGUGCUCCUGCGGGAUGUUCAUCUCACUACUCACCGUUGGCGGUCUGGGAACUACCAAGGCCGAUGAUGGCACGCUCAGCCGUGGCAUUGGCAUUGGCAUCGUUGUCCUGGCAUACGUCAACAUCAUCUUCUACAAUUUUUCCAUCGGAACCCUCUCCUACUCCAUCGCCUCGGAAAUGUCCGUCGGCCGGAACAGAAACAAGAUCACCUCGUGCGCGAUGGGCGUGUUCUUCGUCACCGUCUGGCUCAUGGUCUUCACCAGCCCCUAUAUGUAUUAUACGGCGAACCUAGGCCCGAUGAUUGGAUUCGUAUACGGAGGGACAUCGCUGUUCUUACUGGCGUACUCGUGGUUCUGCGUUGGUGAGACUGCAGGGCGGAGUAAUGCAGAUAUUGAGAGGCUCUUCCAGGAUAGGGUUCCAGUUCGCGAGUGGGCGACGUAUGUUAUUCCUUCGGACGAUGGGGGUGAUUUGAAGAAGAAGGGCACCCAGGAUGAGCAGAUUGAGACGGUAUGACUUAUGAGAGCAGCUACCUGGCCUAAUAGGAACGGUGGUGUGACGACGAAUGAUAUAUUCUAACCUUUAUUAUAUUGCAUUGAUCUUGGAACUAUAUUUUGAAUUAUUUUCUCUAUCUAUGUAUUGCUUUCUUUCUCUUUGUCUAUAUCUACGCGUGGGUUUGAUGGUACGAAGCCAGCGGAAAAGAAACUCCUACUUUGUGCCUAUAGAAAAAACCCCGAAUCAGCCCAAGAGGCGAUAGACACUAAACCUAAGGGCGCUGAUGUUGUAAAUCCGUUCGGCUGGCUGUUGAUCCCCUAUCCUAACUCAGAAUUCUCGGUCCAACAAACGUCUAACUGGCUUCAUAUGACAUGGCUAAUUUUGGUGCACAGACACCAGAAAAAUUGAUAAAAAGUCGAGCAAUGAUUCAAAUGGGCCUGGGUCUCUGUUCGAUAUAGAAUUGGAAUAUUCUAAAUCUAACUCUGCCUCGGCCCCUAGUCUCCAU